UGUUUAAUCGGUGAUGGAAUGGUUUCUCAAGGAACGAUGAUAGUUAAGGGAAAUGCAAAAAAGAUAAGACGUUUAAAGGACAAUAUAUUAAUGGGUUUCGCAGGAGCUACAGCGGAUUGUUUUACCUUGCUAGAUAAAUUUGAGACAAAGAUUGAUGAAUAUCCAAAUCAACUUUUGAGAAGUUGUGUUGAGUUAGCCAAACUUUGGAGAACUGAUAGAUAUUUAAGACAUUUAGAGGCUGUUUUAAUAGUGGCAGAUAAGGAUAUUUUGUUAGAAGUAACCGGUAAUGGUGAUGUUUUAGAACCAUCAGGAAAUGUUUUAGGAACAGGAUCAGGAGGUCCAUAUGCUAUGGCAGCUGCAAGAGCAUUGUAUGAUGUCGAAAAUUUAAGUGCUAAAGAUAUAGCUUAUAAAGCUAUGAAUAUUGCUGCAGAUAUGUGUUGUCAUACUAAUAAUAAUUUUAUUUGUGAAACAUUGUAA